AUGCCUGCCAGCACGUUCAGGAGAAGUGCUUAUCACCCCAAUGAGGGCAUCUGGCUUGUCUACCCCCUUUGGCAGCAAGGGUCCCUCCCCAUCAGGGGGAAGUCCAAGCAGGAGUCCCCCUACCCAGGCCCGGGCCCCUGGCGAGCAGGCGGCGCGGCGGGGGCCGGAGCCCCGGGGGUGCCACCCCGCGCCCACUCGGCCGCGAGGGAGCCCCCGCAGGACGCCCCGCGAGCCCGGUGCGCGCUGCUGCUGGCGCCGGCCGUGCGCGGCUGCGGGCCGGGCAGGGUGGUGGGCAGCCGCCGCCGCCCGCCCCGCAAGCUCAUCCCGCUCGCCUACAAGCAGUUCAGCCCCAACGUCCCCGAGAAGACGCUGGGGGCUAGCGGCCGCUACGAGGGCAAGAUCGCGCGUAACUCGGAGCGCUUCAAGGAGCUGACGCCCAACUACAACCCCGACAUCAUCUUCAAGGACGAGGAGAACACUGGCGCCGACCGGCUCAUGACCCAGCGCUGCAAGGACCGCUUGAACUCCCUGGCCAUCUCUGUCAUGAAUCAGUGGCCAGGGGUGAAGCUGAGGGUGACAGAGGGCUGGGAUGAGGAUGGGCACCACUCAGAAGAGUCCCUGCAUUAUGAGGGCCGAGCUGUGGACAUCACAACCUCGGACAGGGACCGCAACAAGUAUGGCAUGCUGGCUCGCCUGGCUGUGGAGGCUGGCUUCGACUGGGUCUACUACGAGUCCAAGGCGCACAUCCACUGCUCUGUCAAGUCAGAGCACUCAGCCGCUGCGAAGACGGGCGGCUGCUUCCCCGGGCGGGCGCUGGCAACGCUGGAGGACGGCGCCCAGACGCCGCUGUGGGCACUGCGCCCGGGCCAGCGCGUGCUGGCGAUGGACGGGGCGGGCAGGCCCACCUACAGUGACUUCUUGGCUUUCCUGGACAAGGAGCCCCGUGCCCUCACCACCUUCCACGUCAUCGAGACGCGGGAGCCGCCCCGGCGCCUGGUCCUGACGCCCACCCACCUGCUCUUUGUGGCAGAGAACGCCUCGGUGCCCGCCGCCCGCUUCCGUCCCAUCUUCGCCAGCCUCGUGCAGCCGGGACAUUUCGUGCUGGUGGUGGCUGGGGGGCGCAGCUUGCAGCCUGCGGAGGUGGUGCGGGUGUGGGAGCGGCGAGAUGUGGGAGCCUACGCCCCGCUGACGCGCCACGGGACGCUGGUGGUGGACGGCGUGGUGGCCUCGUGCUUUGCGCUGGUGCAGGAGCAGCAGCUGGCACAGCUGGCCUUCUGGCCACUCCGGCUCUACCACAGCCUGGUGGGGUGGCCAGGGGUGCAGGGGGAUGGUGUGCACUGGUACUCAGGGCUGCUCUACCGCCUGGGCAGGCUGCUCCUGCCCCCUGACAGCUUCCACCCACUGGGGUUGUCCCAGGUGGAGAGCUGAGGGUGCAGCACAGCCCCAGCCGGCACAGCUGGUGGAGGUGGUGGCUGCAGGGUGACUCGCUGGGGGCCAGCACCCCCUCCCAAAGCUGGGUGCCCAUGGGGAGCUGCCUCCAGCCCUGCCUGCUUGGGGUACAGCCACCUCCUGGUUGGGAGCACCGAAGCUCCGUGGUGUGCCUCCUCCAUGUUCACCACCCCCUCCUCAGCCCCUGCUCCUGGGGACGGGAGGGAGGCAUGAAGGGUUUUCUCCCGGGACAGGGGGUUGCCCCCGGCUGGAUCCACAUGCUGCUAUGUGUGUGUGUGUGUGUGUGUGCAAUGUGUGUGUGUGUGCUGAAUUAGCUGAUGGAGGUCUGAUAGAUGAGUGGGAGGUGGAAGAGGAGAGAGCCCCGGCUGCUCCACCCGAGCUCCCAGCAAGGCAGGCAAUGCUAUUUCCACCUCUGGGACAUGGCAGCUGGGAGGAGGGUGACCCAGGUACUGGGACUGUGCCUUGUCCUUAGCCCAGGUGCAGGGAGCACCCAAAACAAGCAGGGGUGGGAGGUCUAGCACAGCUCUGGCAUGAGACCUCUGACUUGGUGACACAAGGGCCACUGUAGUGAUAGACUGGGGAGUGAGGUGCUGACCUCUGCCCAAAGCCAGCACCAGAGCCACCCAGCUGGGCAUCCUGUGGGGCUGCUGUGACAGCAUGGGGUACUCUGGCUGGCAAGAGGGGCUGCAGAGGCAGACAAUGGGCAGAAGGGUGCAAAUGCCAGCCAGGCAUAGACACACUGGUAGGAUCAAGGGCAGAGGCAGAAAAACUUCCCAGCAUCUGGCUUUGAACUGGCUCAGCCCAAAAGCCUUUUUCCAUCACAAGGCUAAAAGCACCCCUCAAGCUUCAGACCCUGGCUGGCCUGACCUCCCCUAACCCCCCAGUACUCCAAACCCUCAGGAUAAUUCGUUGCUGCUCACCCACUCCUGGGACCUGGGAAGAGUCCCAUCAGAGCUGCAGCCACAGUUCCCCCACUCCAAAUCCUAGCUCGAUAAGUGGAGGGGAGGGGGCUGAGGGAGGCUGUGACCCACGUUCCCCUGUAGCAUCACGCGUCUUUAUUUAUUUAUCUGCUCUUUGUAUGUACCAUAGAUGGGAGGCAGUGUGGGCGCGUGCAGGGUGAGACAGAAGUGCAGGGUGGGGGUGGGAAAUCGUUUGGUUGGGGGCUGAUUUUUUUUUUUUUUUUAAACAAAAAGCAGAAAUUAUUUAAAGAUUAUUUUAAAGCACAGCUUUUAUGGUGAUUGUCGUCCAGGAUGAAGUGAGGGAGCGCGAGCGUGGCCGAUGGCAGGUGUAUUUUUGUCUCUCCACUGGAUGUACCUCUCCUGGUUGGGGACACAGCCCAAUAAAUCCAUUGUCUCCCCGGCAGGAGCUCUGAACUCUGGUGUAGGGAGGGCAGGCAGGGAUCAGAGGUACUGUGCCCAUUGUUAAAGGGCAGGCACGGCUAGAGGGCAUCAUGUGCUUCCCUAGGAGCAAGAUUUGGUCACUCCCGUGCCCUCCACCAGGAAGGAUGACAUCUCUCACCCCAGUACUUCAUCCGUACCCAGGGGAGGUGGGCAACUGGAGGCUGUGGGAUUGACCCA